UAACUAUAAAAACCAUUCAAAGGGACAUAAGCUUGCCAGCAGCACCAACAACCAUGAAGUACAAUCUAUUGGUUGUGAUCUGGGUUCUUACCCUCAUUAAAGACUCAUCUGGCAGUGACUAUUCCAUGAACACUUUUGAUCUGAGUCAGGAUGCCCUCACCCAAGUGUUCAAGCGUUCAAUCCAAGAUGUCUCUAAACCACGAGAUAAUCAUCAUACCUGCAAAACAUGGGGAACAGGGUCUUUCAAGGCAUUUAACAAUGAAGCUUUCUACUUUAAAUCAACCUGUGACUUCUUCAUGAGCAGGCUAUGCGAGGAAGGGCUUGAUGAUUAUGAGGUGAAAAUCCGCCGUGGAUCAUCUGGAGACCUGGAGAAUAUAUUCAUUAAAAUUGAUACCAAUACGAUUGUUGUGACUAAUGGAGUAAUUAAGGUUAAAAACCAAAUAGUAACUUUGCCAUUUGACAACAAGAUGAUCAAUAUUCAUAGCAAUGGAGUUAAUAUUAAAUUUUCAAACAAGAAGCAUUCAAUUUCCCUCAUCUGGAACGGUAACAAUACAUUAUCGCUAAAACUGCACCCUAGGUACAGUGGACAUGUCUGUGGACUUUGUGGAAAAUUUGCAAAGAUGAGAAAUAAAAUAAAUAAAAAUCUGACAUUGAAAACGGUGACACCUAUCUCUCUUCGUGGUAACUCUAUUACACCUGGUAAUUGUCCAAUCAGCGUACCUGCAGCUGACCAAUUAACGAAUAUCCAAUUAUUCCAGGCUUGCACAGAGACCUUCUCACCACUUUUGGGUUCUACGUGUGCUGACACCUUCUUUAAAUUGUGUGUAAUGGACACCAGUGCUUUCCCCAAUAAAAAUCAAGGUCACUGCCCGAGUAUAAAAGAAUUUGCACGACAUUGCCAAAUUCAGGACGAUUGGAGAAAGAUCUCAGGAUGCGAGAAACCUGAAUGCCCUAGGAAUCAGAUCUACAGUGAUUUUGGUCAAUCAUUUAUUCCAACUUGUACUGAUCCAGAUCCUCAACAGAAAGAUGCUCUUGAAAAUACUUGUGAAUGUCCAAAAGGCACUCUUCUUGAUAACAUAAGACAUGAGAACAAAUGCAUCAGAAAAUCAGAGUGUCCUUGUGAAUACAGUGGAACCAUUUAUGAUGCAGGAGGCAAAAGGAACACUUCAUGUGAAACAUGUGUUUGCAAAGGAGGACUAUGGGAAUGUUCUCAUCAUAAUUGUUCCAGAAGUUGCAAAGUGGAAGAAGGAACACAUAUUACAACAUUUGAUGGGAAAUACUAUAAUUUGAGAGGAGAUUGCACAUACAUUGCAGUUUCAACUCUUGAGGAGGAUCUCUGGAAAGUGAUCAUUGAGAUGCGUGAAUGUCACAAAGCAACUAAACAUAUUUGCUUACGCCGUAUUAUAUUUUCCUCAGGCGAGACCAAAUAUGAAUUCAAUAAUAAUGGUGACGUUACCUUGAAUGGAGAAAUUGUUGUACUUCCAUUGCAAAGGGAUGGAAUUAUAAUAUUUAAACCAUCUUCACAUUUUAUUCAACUUGAAACAACACACGGGUUGAAAAUGCAGAUACAGAUUUCUCCCAUUAUGCAGCUUUACGUUUCGUUGUUGGAUGGUAAUAAACAAAGUUUAGGAGGCUUGUGUGGCAAUUUUAAUGGCAAGGCUAUUGAUGACUUCACCUCUGUACAGAAUGUGGUGGAACCAUCACAUGUCAAUUUUGCUCAUUCAUGGGUUGCUGACGUUAAAUGCAGCCCUCCUGAAAAGGAAAGUCCAACUUGUGUCAGUUCAGAAAAAGAAUUCUAUGCAAAGGAACGUUGUGCUCUACUGAAAAAAAAUGGUGUUUUUGCUCGAUGUCAUUCCACAGUGGAUUACAUUCAAUAUUAUCAGAUGUGCAAGAUUUCCAUAUGCAACUGCGAGAAUCUUGAUCAUUGCAUCUGUGCUGCACUGGGGGCUUAUGUUCAUGCAUGUGCUGCAAGAGGUGUCAUACUGAAGGGUUGGAGUGGAACAAUUUGCAAUACAACCUGUAAGAACAACCAAAUUUUUGACAAUGAAAUGACAACCUGUAACCGGAACUGUAAAUUAUUACCCAACACUGAUUUCACCUGUGGCGUGAAGGAUACUCCAGUUUAUGGCUGUGGCUGCCCAGAGGGCAAAUAUAUGAAUGAAAAUGGAGCCUGUGUUAAUGCUGAAGACUGCUCGUGUUACCACAAGGGGAUUUAUAUUCAACCCGGAGAGAAAGUUGAUGAUUGCUAUUGCCAAGGGGGAUCAAUUGAUUGCAAUCCAGUUACUAAAGCCACGACUACACCCACAGUAUGCACAGGCGAAAAGGAACUUAUUCGUUGUUCCCCUACUGAAAAUCAGAUUCACUGUGGAAAGAAAUGCAGUAACCUGGCAAUUAAACUGUGUAAAGCUGAGGAUGACAGUGGAAAUUGCGUUUUGACUGAAAAUUGUCCUUGUUUAUACGAAGGGAGUAGUUAUGCCAUAGGAACAGAAAUCCAACUUGAUUGCAGCCAGUGCGAAUGCCAAGGUGGUUCAUGGAGCUGCACUGAUAAGCCAUGCACAAAGACCUGUCAAGUUUAUGGUGAAGGUCAUUACAUAACAUUUGAUGAUUUUCGAUUCACAUACGAGGGUAAUUGUGAAUAUAUAUUUGUUCAGGGAAAAGAAAUAAUUUUGGAAGAUGGGAAAGUAAAAGAGUCUGAUGAAAAUUCUAAUUCAAGUUGUACAGUUGAUGCUUAUUCACUUCACACUAUUGGGCUUUAUUUAAGCCUGACAUUUUCCAAUGGUAUUACUAUGAUUUGGGACAAGCACACAAGGUUCUCAGUCACACUUGAUCAACGCUGGAAGAUCCUUUACAACUUCCGGGCCAUCAAUGGAAAAAUAAUACAUCUGGAGAAAACCACUGAUCAGAACAGUGAAACAUUGUGA